AUGUCCAGAGUUCCGGCGGACAUGUGGAUCUGCGGUAGUUGCAAAGGGGGCAACCUCAUUGCGCUUACCGGUACCUCAUGCCCCGUAUGCGGCCACCAGAGAGACAGCUGCUGCAUUGGACCCGGCGAAAUCUAUUCCGACAACACUGAGUUCAGUCGCGGACAGUCUGACUCCCAGCCCCCUUGUCCAACAGCGCCGUCUUUCCACACCAAUGGUACUGCCUUCCAUGCGCAUUUGGCUGAUGCUGGACGUCUUCCACAUGUCGCCGCGCCUUCUACCAACCACUCUACAUCAGAAUAUGAAGCUGAGUACGACCAAUACCCCUCGUGGCCAGAACUCAAAACUUCUAUACCCCUCACGAAUUGCCCUGGUGGUGGGACUCCUGCUCCAGGCUCCUGGAUAUGCCAGCAAUGUGGCGCUGCGAAUAGCGACCUAACACCUGAGUUCUGCCCCAUCUGCGGUAGUGGUCGUUAG